CAGCUAUUUUGCAUCGAGCCAGAGCGACAGUUGUCAGGCUGCUGUUGCUUUAAAAAUCCCGACACGCCGGUUGUUCGUACAAGCUGCUGUAUAAUAUUGUUUUCAUUUCAUCCUCUCUGGUCGGGUCAUGGCUUCUCGCUCUAUUGAAGAUUCCUUCCCUUUACACGGGCUGUUGCCGAAAAAGGAGACCGGCGCUGCUUCAUUCCUGACCAGGUUUCCUGAGUACGAUGGACGGGGGGUGCUUAUCGCCAUCCUGGACACCGGGGUGGACCCGGGGGCGCCGGGCAUGCAGACCACUACAGAGGGCAAGCCUAAGAUUGUGGACAUCAUCGAUACGACGGGCAGUGGCGACGUCAACAUGUCCACAGUGGCGGAGCCGAAAGAUGAAGAAGUGCUCGGGCUUUCUGGACGCACGCUCAAGAUCCCUCCUGCCUGGGUGAACCCAUCAGGAAAAUAUCGCAUCGGUGUUAAAAAUGGUUAUGAGUUUUUCCCCAAACCGCUCAAAGAGAGGAUACAGAAAGAGCGCAAGGAGAAGAUGUGGGACCCGGCCCACAGAGCAGCUCUCGCCGAGGCCAGUCGCAAGACGGAGGAGUUUGACCUUGCUCACCCCAACCCCUCACAGGUGGAGAAGCUGCAGAAGGAGGAGUUGCAGAGCCAAACUGAGCUGUUAGGCACCAUGGAGAAGAAGUACAGCGACCCUGGGCCUGUCUACGACUGCGUGGCGUGGCACGAUGGCGUCACCUGGAGGGCAGUGGUGGAUACGUCAGAGAGUGGAGACCUGGCGUCCUGUACCGUGCUUAGCUCCUACAGAGAAAGACAGGAGUAUGCCAUGCUAGGAGAUGCUGAGAUGCUCAAUUACUCCAUCAACAUCUAUGAUGAAGGAAAUACUCUCUGCAUUGUCACUAGUGGAGGUGCUCAUGGGACUCAUGUCGCCAGUAUAGCGGCAGGUUACUUCCCCGAGGAGCCAGAGAGAAACGGCGUGGCCCCUGGUGCCCAAAUCCUGGCACUGAAAAUAGGGGAUACUCGCCUGAGCACGAUGGAGACGGGAACAGGCCUCAUCCGAGCGAUGAUCGAGGUCAUUAACUACAAGUGUGACCUUGUAAACUACAGCUAUGGGGAGGCAACCCACUGGCCGAACUCAGGGAGAAUCUGUGAAGUAAUCAGCGAGGCGGUGCAGAAACAUAAUGUCAUGUACGUGUCGAGCGCUGGGAACAACGGGCCCUGUCUCUCCACUGUGGGAUGUCCGGGAGGAACCACGAGUAGCGUCGUAGGUGUUGGUGCUUAUGUCACACCUGACAUGAUGGUGGCAGAAUAUUCAUUGAGGGAGAAGCUGCCUCCUAACCAGUACACGUGGUCCUCAAGGGGUCCCAGUACUGAUGGAGCUCUGGGUGUCAGCAUCAGUGCACCUGGGGGAGCCAUCGCCUCUGUGCCCAACUGGACAUUGCGUGGCACGCAGCUAAUGAACGGCACCUCCAUGUCCUCUCCCAACGCCUGUGGAGGCAUCGCGCUCGUACUCUCAGGUCUGAAGCAGAACGGGAUGCGACCGACAGUUGCAGCUGUGAGACGUGCUUUGGAAAACACGGCCAACAAAGUGGAUGACGUUGAAGUGUUCGCGCAGGGUCAUGGCAUUAUUCAGGUGGAAAAGGCGUUUGACUACCUCAUGCAGCAUGCUUCCACUCCCACCUAUAACCUGGGCUUCACAGUCACUGUAGGGAAUCAGCGGGGCAUCUACCUCAGGGACGCCGUCCAAGUCUCCACUCCCUCUGAUCACGGAGUUGGAAUCGAGCCGGUCUUUCCAGAAAACACUGAAAACUCUGUACGAAUCUCGCUGCAGUUACACCUGGCACUCACCUGCAGCGCGCCGUGGGUGCAGUGCCCCGCUCACUUGGAGCUCAUGAACCAGUGCCGUCACGUUAACGUCCGCGUCGACCCACAGGGACUACGAGAGGGCCUGCAUUAUACCGAGGUGUGUGCUUAUGAUACCUCUGCACCCAGUGCUGGUCCCCUCUUCAGAGUCCCCAUAACGGUUAUAAUCCCCACAAAGGUUACAGAGAGCCAGAAUCAGGAGGUCACCUUCAUGGACGUUCACUUCAGACCAGGCCAGAUACGACGCCAUUUUAUCACCGUCCCUCAAGGAACCUCGUGGGCAGAGAUCAUGUUAACGUCUCGCUCCCCUGAUGUCUCCUCCAAGUUUGUCCUCCAUGCCGUGCACCUGGUGAAGCAGAGGGCUUACCGAGCUAAUGAGUUCUACAAAUUCUCCUCGCUGCUGGAGAAGGGCUCGCUCACAGAGGCGUUCCCUGUGCUGCCUGGACGAACGGUAGAGGUGUGCAUCGCUCGUUGGUGGGCCAGUCUUGGCGAUGUCAUCGUAGAUUAUACCAUUUCCUUCCACGGGCUGCGAACGUCUCCCUCUCCUCUUCAUAUACAUGCUUCUGAGGGCAUAACCAGUUUUGAGGUGUCGUCUCCUGUUAGAUACGAGGAGGUCUCCCCAACCAUUACUCUGAAGAACUGGGUGCAGCCCCUUAGGCCAAUAAGUUCCAAAACAAAAGCGCUUGGCUCCAGAGACGUAUUACCCAACAAUCGUCAGCUUUAUGAAAUCGUCCUUACGUACAGCUUUCAUCAGCCUAAAAGUGGAGAGGUGACCCCCAGUUGUCCGCUACUGUGUGAGCUGCUGUACGAGUCGGAGUUUGACAGCCAGCUCUGGCUCCUCUUUGACCAGAACAAGAGGCUCAUGGGCUCGGGAGAUGCUUAUCCUCACCAGUACUCUUUGAAGCUGGAGAAAGGGGACUACACCAUCCGGCUGCAGGUUCGCCACGAGCAGCAGAGUGAGUUGGAGCGGCUGAAAGAUCUGCCUUUCGUAGUGUCUCAUCGCCUCUCCAACACCCUGAGCCUGGACGUGUACGAGACACACCGGGCGGCCAUGCUGGCGAAGAAGAAAGCAAACUCGCUCACUCUUGCACCAGGAACCUCUCAGCCAUUCUACAUCACCUCUCUAUCAGAUGACAAGAUACCUAAAGGUACAGGUCCAGGGUGCUACAUGACCGGCUCUCUGGUUGUACCGAAGAGCGAGUACGGGAAAAAAGCAGGCCAAGCCUCAGCCAAACGACAAGGAAAAUUUAAAAAGGACAUAGUGCAAAUUUUCUACCACCUGAUCUCAGCCCCUAACAAAUCAAAGAACGGAGGAAAAGAGAAGGACAAGGACGGGGAGAAAGAGAAGGACGUGAAGGAGGAAUUCUCCGAAGCCCUCCGAGACUUGAAGAUCCAGUGGAUGACAAAGUUGGACAAUAAUACGUUAUAUGAUGAACUGAAGGAGAACUUUGCAAAUUAUCUCCCUCUCCAUGUCCAACGACUGCAUCAGCUGGAUUCAGAGAAGGAGCGACUGAAGCGAUUGCAAGACAUCAUGUCAGCAGCAGAUAUUGUUAUUUCUCACAUUGACCAGACUGCACUGGCAGUGUAUCUCACGAUGAAGACAGACCCUCGUCCAGACGCGGCCUCUAUAAAGAGUGAUAUGGAGAAGCAGAAGUCGUCCCUGCUGGACGCUCUCUGUAGGAAAGGCUGUGCUCUGGCUGAUCAGCUCAUGCAGCCUCCAGAGCAGGAGGGGGCGAGCGCGAACGAGGUGGGCAGCUCUGAAGACGACCCACACGGCGUGACUAAAGCACUGACCGACACUUUCUGGGAGGUUCAAAAGUGGGUCGACCUCACCGACUCUAAGGUUCUGUCGUUUUCCUACAAACAUGCCUUAGCAAAUAAAAUGUAUGGAAGAGCUUUGAAAUACGCUUCGAAAAUUGUAGAAGACAAACCCAGCAAAGAAAACUGGAAGAACUGCAUUCAGCUGAUGAAGUCUCUGGGCUGGAUGCACUGCGCCACCUACACUGAAAACUGGCUUCCCAUCAUGUAUCCCUCAGACUACACACCUUUCUAAACCAGAUAACACAGGAUCUCCUCCUGCAAAUGCAGCACCCGGUUUUUAAAGACUCUUGAUGUGGUCCAACGUGGAUCCCAGUAAGCCUUUUUUUUUUUAAAAAAAUUUUUUUUUUUUAUAAACAAAACUCAAUUUCACUCAGAACUGCAAGUUCACAUGGAGCAUAAAUGUUCACA